UAUUUUAUGCUAUAACCAUCAACAAACGUUUAUUUAUUAUUUAAAAGUUAGUAAAACAAAAUUUCUAAAAUAAUGAGUGAAAUUCAAGAAGACUCGGUAAAAGCACUCCACACUGUAUUUCACGAGGGUCUAGAUUUAUACAACCAAAUAACAAACAAUAAUGCAGCUACCAACAGUCCAGAGGUACAAAGAGAUGUUAAAAAAUCAAUUAAAAUUUUUGAAGAUGCAACUCGUUUAGUAUCCUUAGCUGAUAUUUUCAGCACUAACGAAAGCAUAGAAGAAAUCACAACAAACAAUAUUCAGUAUUUGCUUUUGCCAGCAUUGCUGGGACUGCUCACUCUAAAAAUAACCACAAGAGAUCGAAAGGAAGUACUUGACGUAGCCGAAAUAUAUUUCAGAGACUUUUUACAAAGAACCAACGACUACGAACUGAGUAAUUAUGAGUUUGAGAAAAAGAAACUGGAGAACAACCAAAAUAAAACUGAAUUUGAACAGAUUGAACAAGCUGUAAAUACCAGAUCCAGUAAGAUUCAACGGUUCCAGCAAAAGAAAGAGUUGCAAAGUCAACUGGAAAACCUUAAGAAGAACGUUGAAAACGAAUUUGCCGAUGAGGAUAUAAAAAGAAAUUAUUUCUUGACUAUGGUAAAAGUUUUUAUACAUGAUGUAGUGGACGAACUGGCUAGUAUCGAUAUGGAGAAACCUAUUCUUGAACAUAUGGCAAAAAUCAAGAAAGAUGAAGCACCUAAGCCUAAAAGAGCACCCCCUCCACCUUUAAAACCAAUUAUUAUUACUAGAGAUGAGACUCAAAAGGCUAUUUAUGGUGCUGGAUAUCCUUCAUUACCCACAAUGACUGUUCAAGAGUUUUAUGAUAAAAGAGUUGCCGAUGGUAUUUUUCCAGAUCCCAAUAAACCCAAAACUGGUCCUUUGAGCUUGCAAGAAGCUGCUUUAGCCGGUGUAGAAAUAAACAAUGAAGAUACAGAAGCCGAGAGUUCGGAGAAGAAAAUUGAAGAAGAUGAUGAAGAAGAAAUUCAAAGAAUAAGAGCAAAAGACGAAUAUAAAGAUGAUCAUAGGAGAGGAUGGGGUAAUAGAAUGAACAGAAGUUGAAUGCCAAGUCAAUCUCAACAAUAAUAAUUUAUAAAUUUUCUUUAAAAUCAAUAAUUGCAAAUACUAAUACUAAACAAAUCAAUAAACCUUUCAGUGUUUUCUAUAUGAAAUUAAUAAAAAUUAAAUGUUUAAUCCCAAACUACUUAGAGAAAUCAAUAAAAACAACACAUAGUUAAAAAAAAA